ACUCACGAAAUAAAAUGAAAGAAGUGGAAGAAAAAUGAGAAACUUCAUCUUUCUUUGAAGCCAAGUUACAGACUAAUGACGAACCUUUAUCUGUUUUGACAUUUUUAGUUUAUUUAAGUGUAUGUUGUUUUCGUAUAAAACUUAGCAGAUGAAUUAAUUGUCAUUUAUAUCGUCAUUAAAAGUAAGUCUCAAUUCUUACUCUAAGAAAUGUUUUUCGAUUAAAUUUUAUUUGUAAACGAUUUGUAGAAGGAGACAAACGAUUGACAAUUGACUUAGGCAAUGUCUUUAAUUACUUUCCUUUAAGCUUAAUAAACUGAGAUUUAAAUUCAGAAAUCGAGACGCUGUUUUUAUUCUUAUCAUCAUAUUCCGUCCAAUCUCCAUCUUCAAUUUCAACAUCAUCGAAAGAUUGUCCAUUUUCGAUUGAUUUCACGAUAAAUCCAGAACGAGGAUCAAAAUCAGUUGGUUCAAUACCACGACAAUCGAAUGUGAUAAUUGAUUUGAAUUUUCCAGCGUCAUCUUCUUUAUAUGUAUUACCUUGAGAUCCUUCAACAACAUCCAGUGAAUUUUCUCGUCCACAAAGCUUACAUUUAAUCACAAAAUUAUAACCUUUAGCAUUACGAGAAUCUUGUUGAACUUUCUCAUCUUCGCAUAAAUCAUGCCAAAUAUCAUCAGCCUCUCCACAAUUAUUACAACGAAGUUUAAGAAAGUACGAAUAGUUCUGACCAGGUUUCAACUCUUCAAUAUUCUCCAGAAUGCACGAGAUUUGUAAACUUAUUUUCACCAUCUAAAUAAAUUUAGUGAAAAGGAAAACUUACAUUUGAGACUACAAUUCAGUUUUAUCUGAUUGAAAUAUAACUUUCCGGUGAAAUCUAAAGAAUCGUCAACAGAAAGCUGAUUUUGUUGAAUUAUCGUGAUGAAUUGUUUUUUAGUAUUCCAAAUUCUUAGUUAAUAUUUUUAUAUUUCAUCUCAUUAAACACAAACAAAUUAUUCGAUGAACAAUCCAGAGUUGUGGGUUUUUGGGUAUGGAUCUCUUGUUUGGAAGAACAAUGAUUUUGAAUUUGAGUUAAAAAAAGCGGGUCACAUUAAGGGAUUUCUUCGAAGGUUUUAUCAAAAUUCAAUUGAUCAUCGUGGAAUUCCCGAGAGACCUGGAAGAGUCGUGACAUUAGUCAAAGCAAAUGAUGACGAGGCAAAAGUUUUUGGCAUGGGAUAUAAAAUUGCAAAUGACAGAAUCGAUAAAGUCCUACAUCACCUUGAUUAUAGAGAGAAAAAUGGUUACAUCCGUUAUGAAACAUUGUUCUAUCCAUUUGAUGAGACAGAAGCGAAAUCAACAAUCGUCUAUGUUGCUAACGAAGAAAAUCCGUCAUGGAAUCGUAAUCAUAAUCUAAAAGAUAUUGCAUGUCAGAUUUAUGAGGCUGUCGGGCCAUCAGGGAAGAAUAUUGAAUAUGUCUACAAUCUCUGUGAUGCUAUGCGACAAUAUUUUCACAAUAUUAAAGAUGACCAUCUCGAUGAACUGGAAAAACUUUUAAAAAAUCUCGAAAAGGGAGAUUCCAAGAUCCUUCGAAGAUUAUCACAAGAAGGCUAAAUUAGUAAAAUUUCCUGUGACUUUCAAAUUUAACAAUAAAAUUUGCUUCAAACAUU